UAGUGGAUUUUUUUUUUGGUUCUAGGUCUGCAUGCAAAAGCAUAUAAACAAUAGAAAAGCCUACGACGAAAUGAAUUAUCUACAUUUAUCAGUAGCACCACCACUACCAAUGGACAGUGUUGCAACCGAACCACAGCCUCCGCUUCCUCCGGGCCUGCCACCGCUUCCCCCACCUCCGCCUCCUCCAGCACCGUCUUCGGAACCCCUUCAUUUAUAUAAUACCAGUGCUGGGGAUACCACUAAUCAAAGUUUCACAUCAAUACCUCAGGUUCCUGGAGCCAGCAAUUUGCACCCUUUCCCCUCGGCAUAUUAUCAAACUCCACUUUUGGAUGGUGUUACCCCGCUUUAUCCCCACUAUCGGGAAUCAAGCACCUACGUUGAGGGAUAUUACAAUGAGCAUGGGUACAGGAUUUCAUCAUCUACCCAGAGAAGAACUGAAUACAUUCCAUAUGAACCCACAUAUAACGAAUACAAUUAUCAUAAGUCUAAAUAUGACGACAAUUUUCAUAAUAAAUAUAGGAGUGGGAGAGGGCUCUAUAAGUGUGCCGAGGGCGUAAGAUCUUUUCCAUAUGAGCAUGGCAAAACAAAUAUAAACCAUGUUCAUAGUGCAACAAGGAGCAGUUUUCGCAAUACGUCUAGCUCAACCUAUAUUCAUCGUCCUCAUAUUUUGCCAAUUUCGUCCCCAAGAAGCUAUGGCUAUGCGAAACAUCCAGACUACAUUGGUUCCUACAAUCCGCGGGAAAAGCAUUAUGAUUCCCGAAAUGAUAGCAAGGGUAAGCGACUUGAAACUGAAAGGGAUAGAUUGUUGAAAAAUUGGAGGUCAAACUACUGUGAAACAUCUGAGGAUAUUGCUGAAAAACUUGCAGAAUUGGGUGAACAGGAUGAAGAUACGCGCAAUGUAUGGGUACGAUCGUCACCUGCUGAUCCUUUUUACCGGCGCACAAAUGCUUCAAAUGAAGUUGUAUCGACCAGCAGAUUAGAAGCACUUUGCAAAUUGUUCGAAGAAAAAUUAAUUCAGCGGGCUGAACGCGUACGAAAAACCUUACCUCCGUAUGAGCCACCAACACGAAAGUCCCGGCGUAGAUUGUGCAAACACAAAUCUGAAGCUUGCUCUUCGUCAUCCGAAGAUUCAUCGGAUGAUGAAUUAAAGAUUGAACAAGACUGUUGUAUGGAAGAACUGUCCCGAAAAAUACAGCACCCAUAUCGAGUGCAUGCGGAUUUGUGGCAUAAUGAUUCUGGGGAAAUGAACGAUGGUCCACUCUGUCGCUGUUCGGCGAAAUCUCGACGUAUUGGUAUAAGACACGGUAUUUAUCCUGGUGAAACAGGGUAUCCAAAAUGUGUAAUGAAUUCAAAUAAUGCACCGCGACUUCAUCACUAUCGAAUUACUAUAUCUCCUCCCACUAAUUUUCUCACCAAAACGCCAACGAUAAUUAAGCACGAUGAGCACGAGUUCUUAUUUGAAGGAUUUUCAAUGCUCACCCAUUCUCCUCUUGCCGAUUUACCCACAUGCAAAGUUAUACGUUUCAAUAUUGAGUAUACUAUAUUAUAUGUUGCGGAAAAGAUGCCGGAAAACUUUACCAUACGAGAAUUGGAGUUGUUCGAUAAGUAUCUAUUCCACGAACUUCUAGAGCUAGUGGAUUUCUCAAUGUAUCCCAACGGUAUGACAGGCUCAGAAACAUGCCCAGCCUUUCAUUUCUUACCGCGUUUCGUAAGGGACUUACCCGAUAACGGAAAGGAAGUAUUAGCUAUGAGUGAAGUACUUCGAUAUUUACUUGACAGCGCAGCACCACUGGUCGAUCGUGAGCAAUUGCAUUGUAUAAAUGACAUCAAUCAGCAUGAUUGGCAGGAUUAUGUAGACUUCAUAAAAGGAAUGCUUGUAACGAAGCCUGGAUACAAGCCGUGCUCCGUUCGGGUUGAUCAAUUGGACCGAAAUGUUUCAGACUUGCCUGAAUGUAUCGACGCCGAAGAAAACGUUUCACAUCCAGCAAUCGUUCAUUUUGGCAUACGCCCACCACAAUUGAGCUACGCUGGCAACCCAGAAUACCAAAAAGCAUGGCGUGAAUAUGUUAAGUAUCGGCAUCUGAUGGCUAAUAUGUCCAAGCCAUCAUUUAUCGACAAGCGUAAGCUAGAAGAAAAGGAGGCGCGUUUACAGGAAAUGCGUACACAGGGACGAAUGAAACGCAACAUAACUGUAGCUGUUAGCUCAAAGGGCUAUUAUAGAACCGGAAUAAUGUGUGAUAUUGUGCAGCAUGCAAUGCUCAUUCCGGUACUUACUGGUCACUUGCGAUUCCAUAGAUCGCUUGAUCUCUUAGAACAAAAUAUUGGUUAUAAUUUUAAAAACCGAUAUUUAUUGCAGUUGGCGUUGACGCAUCCCUCGUACAAAGAAAAUUAUGGUACAAAUCCUGAUCAUGCUAGGAAUUCACUUACAAAUUGCGGAAUUCGACAACCCGAGUAUGGAGAUCGCAAAAUACACUAUUUGAAUACUAGAAAGCGUGGUAUAAAUACCCUUAUAAAUAUAAUGUCCAGAUUUGGAAAGGAAUACGAAACGAUGUCAAAUAUAACUCAUAAUGAACGCUUGGAGUUUCUAGGAGAUGCUGUGGUUGAGUUCUUAAGUUCGAUCCAUUUGUUUUUCAUGUUUCCCGAUUUGGAAGAAGGUGGAUUGGCCACAUAUCGUGCUGCUAUCGUACAGAAUCAGCAUUUGGCAUUGCUUGCUAAGAAGUUACACUUGGAGGAGUAUAUGCUUUACGCACAUGGUUCUGAUUUAUGUCAUGAGUUGGAAUUACGCCAUGCCAUGGCUAAUUGCUUCGAAGCUUUAAUGGGAGCAUUACUGCUUGAUGGUGGUAUAUCAGUAGCAGAUGAAGUUUUUAUGAACGCCUUAUACAUGGAAGAUGAACAAUUAAGAGAAAUUUGGAAAAACUAUCCAGAGCAUCCCCUACAGGAGCAGGAGCCCUUAGGUGAUCGUGGUUGCAUUGCUUCUUAUCCAGUGCUGCAAGAACUAACCAAGUUCGAGGAAUCCAUUGGCAUUCAAUUCAAGCACAUUCGUCUCUUGGCCCGUGCUUUCACUGAUCGCUCUAUUGGAUUUACUCAUCUCACGCUAGGUUCUAAUCAACGUUUGGAAUUUCUUGGAGAUACAGUGCUACAAUUAAUUUGUUCGGAAUAUCUUUAUCGUCAUUUUCCUGAACAUCACGAAGGUCACUUGUCUCUGUUGCGUUCAUCUCUUGUGAACAACCGUACUCAAGCAGUAGUGUGCGAUGACCUUGGCAUGACUAAGUAUGCGGUUUACUCAAACCCAAAGGUGGAAUUGAAGACUAAAGAUCGUGCAGAUUUGUUGGAAGCGUUUUUGGGUGCAUUGUAUGUUGAUAAAGGCCUUCUAUACUGCGAGCAAUUUUGUCAUGUUUGUCUGUUUCCACGAUUGCAAAUAUUUAUUAUGAACCAGGAUUGGAAUGAUCCAAAAUCAAAGCUACAACAGUGCUGUCUCACUUUACGUACGAUGGAAGGUGGCGAGCCUGAUAUUCCUAUUUAUAAAGUAAUCGAAUCUAUUGGACCAACUAACACGAGAGUGUAUACAGUUGCAGUUUAUUUUCGGUCCAAACGCUUGGCCACUGCGACGGGUUCAUCUAUUCAGCAGGCUGAAAUGAAUGCAGCUAAACAAGCAUUGGAGAAUUCUCGUGAUUUGUUCCCUCAAUUGGACCACCAAAAACGUGUUAUUGCUAAAAGUAUCAAAAAGCAAAAAGGUGCCGAGCUGAAGACAGAAUUCGAAGAGAUAAUGCCUGAGCAAACAAAACCAAAAACUACGAACUCAAUGGAGGAUGAAUCACACCUUCCCAAACAAUAUCGGAUACGUGAAGACAUUUCCAGUGAUGAACUACCAGAAGAUGACAUCAACGAUGGUGGUAUUGUGACUAUCGCGGGUCAUUUGAGGCAUAGCAGCUCAAGCCAUUCAAGUUCAGAAGAAGAAGUUUCGGAGAAACACUUCACCUCAAAGCGAAAAAAGAAAAAACGCACUAAAAAAACAAAUUCCAUUGAAAUGAGUUCGAAUUCCUGUUCAUCUAAAGUGAUGUGCCAUGAAAUGGAAGAUAAUCAAAACGCCAACAGAAGAAACUGUGAGGAUGUCAGUAGUGAUGAUUGCUUUGAAGAAAAUUCGAUUUCUAAUCUUGAAAAUCAUGAGCUACCUUCGAUUAAGCCUGCCUCCUCAAAAGAAGACCCUAGAGUAGUGAAAAAUACAAUGCUUCACGAUUUAAAAGAUUUGGUGGAAGAUGUCUCGUCUAAUUCGGAUAUAGAGUCAGGAGAAAUAAGUAGUUAAGCUCCACUCGGGAAAACUAUGUAUCCGAUUUUGAUGUGUUGGGUCAAAGUAUUAGUUUAUUCUCUAAAGAAAAAUUAAGUGUUUUAACAAAAGGCAUUACAUCGAAAAGGAUCACAUGGACCAAAUCCUUCAUAUAAGUUUUUAACAAAAUUUAGAGAUGACUAAUGCAAAAUACCCUAUAUGGCAACUUACGGAAAUGCUCUGUUAGCACUUUCCAUGAUGUUUUUAUCAUGGCACUUUCUAUAUUAAUUUAAGCUUUGGAAAUAUAUGUAUGUAUGUAUAUCCGAUUUCAUAAUUGUCAAACACAGCUUUUUGCAUUGACUGUGACGCAGUGGUAGAACGUACCUCUAACCACUCAGCCACAAUUCUUAUAAAAAAUAUACUUUACGUCUUAUAGUAGUA